UAUUAUGAUAAAAGAUAAGCUUAAUCUUUAAACAAAUUUAAGAGCUAGCCAUUUUACAUUAGGAAAUGACUAAAAGCAUUUAUAAUACUAAACAAUUCACAGAAAAGAUUAUACACCAAAAAAAGCUUAACAUGAAUAAUCAUAAGAUCUAAAAUUAAUGAAUAGUCAUUUUGCAUUAGGAGAAGAAAAAAAACAAUGGAUAUAUAAUACUACAAAUAACGUUGCUUAUCCUUUCCACAAAGGAACACAUAAAGCUGGAUUAGAAGAAGCAAGAUAAAGAGAUUUGCGAACCCAUCAUUUUUAAUUUGGUUCUUACGGUCCAACAGUUCAUACUCAUAAUAACUUAACAUAUGACACUAAGCCAGUUUAAUAGAAUUUGCAGAAUGAAAGAGAAGCAUAGAAAGCUAAAAUGAGAAGACAUAAUCAUUAAUUUGCGGAAAGUGAAAGAAUAGAAAUGACAAGUAACUAUAAUGAUUAAUAUAAUAAGUAAUUAGAUCCCAAUGCAUUAAGAUAAGGAUUAAGUGCUGCUGAUAUAAUGCAAAAAGUAGUUAAUUUGAGAAACUCUCAUAUAGUUUUUGGAAAAGAAAAUCUUCCAAUGAAAACCAUCCAACAAUCAGACUACACAAGAAAACCAGAAGCAAAAAUAGAAUAAAAAAAUCCUGCACUCCAGUAAUCUCAUUUUGAAUUAGGAAACUAAAAAAAUACAUUUACGACAACAAAUAGAGAAUUUCAUAAUGAAUAACCACUUGUAUAAAAUCGAUUAGCAGAAGAAACUUAAAAAGAUCUCAGAGCAAGCCAUUUUAUGCUCGGGUAAGAUUAAUAAUAAUAUAAUACGGAAUUUACAGGAAAUUUUAAAAACCAUUAGCUUAAUGGAUUUAAGAAAAUAAAUUUAGAUGAAAAGUUCUUCAAAAAUAACUUUACACACACUAAUCCUGAUGGAAAGACGAACUAUAAUUCUACUUAUAAAACCUAUAUGAAAUUCCCUGAAACAGCAAAAUUAGAACCAAGUAGAGAAUAAAAUAUGGAUAGAAGAUCCAACUUUUAACUUGGAUAAUAAGCCAAUUAAUGGAAAACAGAAUUCUAAGAUUAAUAUUUUAAAAAUAAUGGAAAACCUUCUAUUUUAUAAUAAGAUUAAAAAGAUAAUUUAAGAAAAAGUCAUUUUUAAUUCGAAGAUAUGAAAAACGGUUAGUAUUCUACAGAAUAAAAAUCUUAAUUUACUAAUAAAAAUAUUAAUUAGGCUAGAGGUGUAUUAGAUCCUUAAUUAUAAAAAGAUUUAAGAACACAUCAUUUUGAAUUUGGGGCAUAAAAAGGUUUGUAUGAAACUACUCAUAAAAAGCAUUAUGUUAAAUACGAUAAUUAUUAAAAAGCUUAAUUUAAUUAUUAAAAAGCAAUGGAUUUGAGAGCAGAUCAUUUUUAAGUUAAUUGAUUUUUAUUUUAUAUAUAUUUAUAUAGAAUAUAUAUAUAUAUAUAUAUAUAUAUAUAUAUAUUAUAUAUAUAUAUUUAUAUAUAAUUAUUUUUAUAAUAGAAAGAUUUUAUAAUU